AUGAAGAACAAUCACAACACUAAUCAGAAUCAAAUGAUCUCACUCUUCAAGCUCUUCAAUGCUCCAUUACAUCUAUCCAAUCUCCUUUCUCUCAUCCUAUUCUUCGCCUUCGGUUUAUGUUUCGGUAUCAUUCUCACUUUCCAUCUCAAAAACGUCUCCUUCAAUCUCCAGUUCACACAAUUUUCUCUCUCCACCACCACCACCAACACCGCCGUCCAGGCCGACGUUAUAACCACCACACCACAAACAACCCCGCCGCCGCCGAAAGUUGGAUUGGCAAGCUACUUGAACCCGCCGGAACUGAUGCACGAUAUGACCGAUGAAGAGUUGAUUUGGAGAGCAUCGAUGGUUCCGAAAGUCAGAGAUUAUCCGUUCGAGAGAAUCCCGAAGGUUGCCUUCAUGUUUUUGACUAGAGGUCCGGUGGUGUUGUCGCCGCUGUGGGAUAAAUUUUUCAAAGGGAACGAAGGUCUUUACACCAUUUAUGUUCAUAGCUCCGAUUCGGCUGCCAAUGAGACGGAGCCGGAGGACUCUGUAUUUCAUGGCCGGCGAAUUCCAAGCAAGGUAAAAAGCUGCUAA